CGCGUGCACUUUAUGUUGACAUUUUUUUCAGGGCUGGACAGAAGCGCGCACAGAUUGUUGGGACAUGUAGGCCCACGAAGGAUAGUCUGAAUGCACACUUCCAAAACAAGGCAACACAUGCGCACUGUGAAGGUUGCAGACCCUGAAUUUAGAGACAACUUUGGCCAACUUCGUCGAGUGAGUGGGAUUACUUUCGUAAUGUCAAACCGGAAGUACCGAGUUGGGACGACGCCCUUGUUGUAUUGAAGUAACACUGAGACUCGAGCAUGUCGAACUCAGACAAGAAAUGUCUCCCGGAGGAAAGGAGGCUCCACAAAAGGAUUAGCGUGUACGACUUUCGCCGGGGAUCGUCGCAGGGGAAACACAUGGUGAUUGACUCUCGCAGCUUGGACUACAAACACUUUCUACAAGCGCUCAGGAAGAAAUUUGAAUUUGAAAUCACCUCACCAGGGUCGUCGUGGGUGCUGACUGACACGGAUAGAAAUGGUCUGAAUUCUUACAAAUUUGAUGAACUUCGAGAUGGCAGCACCCUCCUUUUGUUAGAUCACACAAAGCAAGAACUUCUGUUGCCAACUGAGGAGCGCAUCAACUUUCAGCCUCAUUACGACACAGUGACCAAGAGUGGAGUGUAUGAGUACUAUGACAGUGAAGGCCAGAAGUCCUUACCCUAUGCACUGGCAGAGUUGUUGGAUAACUCCAUCUCGGCCACGGCUAAAAACACGAGUGUCCGGAUGAUUGAGAUAAGAAUGCUGUUUGAUGAAACCCACGGGAAGCCCGCAGUUGUUGUCGUAGACAACGGAUGUGGGAUGACCGCCAAGCAGCUCAAUAACUGGGCCGUGUUCAGGCUCUCAAAAUUUAGCAAGCCUGAGGGCUAUGUUCCACCGGAGCCCACUGCUUUUAGUCUCAACAGUGACAUAUCCUACUUUGGAGUCGGAGGAAAACAAGCUGUUUUCUUCAUUGGAGAUAGCGUGAGGAUGAUCACCAAAGCAGCAGGAUCUCCAGAUGUUCAUGAGCUGGUCCUGUCUGAAGAGCAGUUUGUUCAAAAAGAGAAGAACCAAGAAGAUAUUUACACAGAGGUUAUUCGAAACAGGAAGCCGUGCGACUCUUCUCACAUAUGUAGAAGUGAGGAGCGCUUCCUUCAUGCCGUGAUUGCUGAAGAGUCUGAGAAAGAAAGCUUCACGGCCGUAGUCAUCACAGGCGUCCGUCUACAGCAUAUUACUGCACUGAAAGACGACUUUGAAGGAUGGACAAGGCAGCUUGCUCACACAUACCACUAUUACAUCCAUGGAGAUAUCGCAAACGAAAUGAAACGUUCAGAUCAUCGCCCUGAAAUUGACAUACAGAUCUCUCUGCGGGAGAAGUUGACAAAAUGUCCUCGCGUGAUGAACCUCAGGGAAGUGAACAACGACAUGCAGGCCUUGUACAUAAACAACGCCGCCGACAAGUUUACGUUUCAAGCAGAGGUGUCUGGCGCCGUGGUGGAGGGAAUCAUUCGCUAUCAUCCCUUCCUCUACGACAGGGAGACCUACCCGGAAGACCCCCACUUUCCACAGGCACCUUUUGACGAGGAAGAUGACAACGAGUCCGGAAUUCUGACUCAAGCGAGAGGGAAUAGACCCAUAUUUGAAUGUUUCUGGAAUGGGCGGCUCAUACCAUACACCACAAUAUCAGAGUUUGAGUGGUGUGCUUUUGUCAAAGGCUCAAAGGUGCCUGCAGAUUGCUACAGUCGCUUUUCAGGCGUGCUCUUCACCAAUGACAAAUUUCAGGUGACCAUGAACAAGCUCACCUUCAUAGACCUGGAGGUGAAACUAAAGAGCAAGGACACCAUCUUCACAUGCACUGUGAACGGACAGACACGGAGAAGAAACAUCCAGAAAGAAUUCACGCAGUGGCUCCUCUACUGCCACGAGAAGUUUGACAAGCAAGUGAAGUUCCUGAACUACACGAGCAUCAUCACACGGACAGAUGUGGCCGUCAAGAAACUGCAGCAUCCCUGGGCCACCUUCACCGCCAUCCAAUGGGGUAACAGAACCUUCAACAAGGGCCAACUGGUGAAGACGCAAAGAACGCUGCCAAUUAUGCAUGGUACUAUUGUUCACUUUUUGCUGUAUGGAACUUACGUCAGCGACGUCUUUGCCACAGGAGGACAUGUAGAAAUCCAAUUGGAACCGAGAGCACUGUACGACCAGACCAAGAUCAUACCCAUAUCCAAAAUUGACAGGACUGCCACUGAAGAUGCCAUCCAAAUCAACAUCAACAAUGACCUUGCCAAGGUUCCAGACAAGCUGAUAGUGAAAUGGCCUGAGUGCAAACCCUGGGAACCAAACUCUAUGUUUCCAGCUGGGACUCAGUUAGGGCCGCUCAACGUGGAAAUUGUCAACCAAAAGGAAGAAUGCUUAUCCAGGAUACCAUCAAUGAGACAGAGAUCAGUGAAAAAACUCAGUGUCAUGCUCAGACUGAUUUUUCAUGAUCCUAAAGGAGAUGAAGAGAUUGCAUCAAGUGUUUGCCAGUAUUCUCAGCAGUGGAAUUUCUGGUUCAAAGAAAUAAAAAAUCUGGUGCAACUGGGGCAGUACACGCUGUGUCUAAACACCAUCUUAAGUGAAAAUAACUCCAGCACCUUUGGAGGCCAAAUGCUUCCAAGUUUCACACUCAAGUUCGGUAUCAAAGAGGGAGAACCUGAAAGUUUCAGCGUUGUGGAUAUUGGCGACUCCACCGUUCUCGUUGGAGAGGCGUUUGACAUCCCUCUGCAGCUGAAAGAUGCCUAUCAUAAUCCAACUCCGCCACUGCCCAAUCUCGAGCCUUUCCUUGAAUGCAGGGAUCUGAAUCUGAGUUACGACUUUCUGGACUGCAGUGGGUCCACUUUCAUCAUCAAAGGUGUCAAAGCCUUCGGAAAAAUUCAGAAUCCCCACCAAUAUAAGGCGUUUGAACUGAAAGUGACCCUGCCUGGCCUUAAAGAAGAUACACAGACAUUCAAGUUUAAUCUUCUUCCUGGCAAACCACAUUUUCUCCGUGUGAUGCCGGACGAUGAUGUAGUCGCGAUUGAGAAUGGAAACCCCAUCAAGUUUAGUGUUGAAGUUUGUGAUGUGACCGGAAACGUCACCGCUCACCCCAACCAAGUUGUUCACUGCCAGGUGAAGUCGCUUCCAACAGCAAUGACUGACUGCAGCAGCACUGGAGCCGGACUGAUCGUGACAGAAACCGUCAAGCUCAAACUGACUCGGGGACAGUCCCAAAAUUUGAAUGUUACAUUCCAGAUUCCGGGUCACAAGGACAUCUUGGAGGUAGUGAAGGAGAUUGUGGUGAUACCGAGCACAAGACUGACACAGAUAGAGGUCGGGAGCCAAAACAACGGGAACCUGAUUUUUAGAGACAACGACAAGCUAGAAUGGCCAGCUGGUGGCCUGCUGGAUAAUCUGUACUACAAACUGUAUGACGAGGGGGGAAGACAAGUAUUUCCCACGGCUGAAAUCGCCUCCAGUAUCAAGGUUAAUUGGACAGGAGAUGUCUGUCUUGAAGAUCUGGCGCAGGGCAAGCUGCCAGCCAUAGAGGUUCCCACAAUGGUGCAGGAGGGACGGUUCUACCAAGUGUCUUUGCAAGACCAGAGCAUGUCUGUCUCCUUUACUAUAGAUGCUUGUCCAGGGGAACCAGUACAAUUAAAAGUGACACUGCCAGAAAGCACAGUGAGGCUUGGGGAGACCCUUCCUGGAAAUAUCAAGCUGGGACUGUUGGACAAAUAUGGUAACAUGACCAAAGCACUGAGCGCCACCAGUGUGAAUGACAUCACUGUGGAAGGUGAGGGUUUGGUCAAGUCAGCCCUCGAAUACACAUGGAAGAAAAGCAGCCAUUCCGUUUUUAUAACGGGGGUCCGCUUCCAGUCUGGAUCCCCGGGCUCCAGAGAGUUGUGUUUCACCUACAAGACGUUUGUGGAGCGCGUCAUUAUCAAAGUGGCCACUGGCCAUCCUGCACAGCUUGUACUCCUCAGUGGACCCAAGCAGCCGUUGCAGGUGUUAAACGAACACGGCAUCAACACGGAGUUCGUCCUCCAAGUGUGCGACAAGUGGGGGAACUGCUCCAAUGACCAGAGAGUUGUGGUUCACAUUAGGCCCUCUUCUGAUUUGCUAAAGGUGACAAAUUCUGUUACCUCCCAACCAGUGGAUUUGAACGGCCAAGCCUCUUUUGUUGUGAACAGAGUGAGUGGGCCAAAGGGGAACUACCGACUGCUGUUCAGAGGUUUCUUCAGUCUGAGUCCCAUUCCUGGUCCAUCAGUAGAUCUUACGGUCAUCCCUGAUGGCAGCAGACCAGUGGGACUGUCAGUCCAGUAUGACAAGAAUGUCAAAUGUCCAGCAGGGGGCGUCUUCCCAGUGUUUACCGUGACCGUGGUGUCCGAGGAAGGCAACCCCAUUACAACCUGCAACCCAGCUGCUAUCACCAUGCUUCUGUGGAGCGGGGAGUCAUCAGGAUCAGAACCUCCCGCUACAGCAGAGCAGCUGACAUGUAGUAAACCCCCAGCAAACCAAAAAAAAGAUUGUUUUCACUUCAGAAAUAAACGCAUUCCACCGCAAGUCGGACAGUACAGCAUCCAGUUUUCUCUGUGUACUAGUCAAACCACAAAACUGUUCAGCAACCAGAUUCUAGUUGAGGUGGUGGCCAAUCAACCUGCCAAACUGGGACCUGACAUUCAACCGCCCACACCUUUGGUUUUCCACAGUAGGGACAUCGCCAACCGAACCCUGGUGGAAAAUAUGACUCUGAGGAUAUUGGAUUCCUAUGGGAACCCAGCAGGAGAAAACAUGCAGGGGAUAGUGAGUGUUAUCAUAAAGAACUAUGAGGACAACUCCAACAAGGUCAUUCCUCAACUUGAAGGCGAAAGCAGCUGCAACAUCAGACUUUCAGAAGGAAAAGCUCAUAUCAACACGCUGGCCAUCAUGGAGAACAGCCCCGGUGAGGACGGUGCCUCCUACAUCCUCCUCUUCAAACCUGAAGUCCUAAUGGACCCCACGCCACUCGCCCCCUUUCAGCUCCGGUUCCAUUUUUAUAACGACUCCGAACAUCAAACAAAAAUGUCAGAGCUGUCCAGGAAGAAAGACGAGCUAUCUACGGCCAUUGAAACUUACAGAGGCCUGUUGGCGACAUACACUGAACUCGUUAAGUGCUUGACAGUUCAAUACCAGGACGCAAAAGAUAAAGAGGCCAUUCUUAGAAACCAUCUCAUAUCGAAGGACAUAAACCUCAGUCAAACAGUCACUAUCACAGCAGUCGACCAGCUGUUGAGCCGAAGGGCGUGUGAAGCCGACCAGAUUAAGAAAAUGCCCAGAAGAGUCUGCUCCAUUGCUCAACCCUUGGAGGGGCAGCAGGAUGUUUUGGGAAAGGUUGGCCACCUGGCCUUUGUGCAGGAUGACGAUGACGCCAGGGUAAUUUCCUGGCACAUCAGGGGCGACAUGGACUGCGUGGUCGCCAAGACGACGGCGGCAGCCAAGAGGAUCUACGACACCACGCGAGGCAUGCAGCAGGUCUUGCCCCUGGACAGUAUUUAUGUAGCAACUGGCCACAGGUCGCUACCACACAUACGUAACGGCCAGCCUCUGUUCCAACCCCCCGGGAACCCAGUUUUUGCAAGAGACCUCCUUAUUUACCCCCAAAACAACAUCAAUUAUAGCAUGGUGUUCAGAAAUCUUCUGGGGGACACGAUUGUGAUGGACGACUUGGACUCUGCAACCAACUACAGACGAAUUUUGGUCCAGAAUAAAAUCCCCUGCCCCACCAUCCUGACAAGACAGGGUGAGCGCGUAAGUACGAAGGGCAAGUUCGGAGGCGAGCAGAACAAAGCCCCCCCAAUCUCGAAUCUGCAAGUGUUUGGGGCCCCCCUCCCUCAGCGUUUCCACACCCUGAAGGAGCAAAUAGAACUGCUCACCAAGUACCGCUCAGUCCUGCAGAACAAGUUGGAGGCACAGGAAGAACGUGACGAGCAGAUGAAGCAAUCCGAUGUAAUGCAGAACAAGCAGCGAGAAAUGGAUGAAAAAGUCAUAGAGCUGCUGGAAGUUGAGAAACAACUUGCGUCCACCUCGCAGCAGCCCAAGAAGCGAAGCCUCCAAGAUGCUGGCAGGACUCCAGGGACACACAAGAGACAGAAAAAUGUCUGAGUUCAGAAAAACUUUUUUUUUUUAAAUAGUUUUUCUUUGAAUUACAUUGUCAAAGAAAGCUUUAUUUUCUAUACAAAUAUACACAUUCUUUCCACAUCUUUUUUGUGUCGUUAAUUAAACUUUUCACU